AUUUAUACUAAAAAGUGCAAAAUCAAAAUAGUUCUUAUAGAUCAUCAAUAUAAUAUGAGUCAAGAAAAGGAAGCUGUAUAAAAGAGAACUUUAUUGAUAGAUAUUAAUUUGAUCGGCAUUAAACUCUUUUAAUACCAAAUUUGAGUAGAUUGAUAAUAAAAGAAAAAACUUGAUUAAGAGACAGGUACACCUAAUUCUGGUUUAAGUAUUAUAAAGAUAAUUAUUUUAGAUCCAGUACAUCAAAUAUAAGAUAAAUUUCUAUAAGUAAUAACAUAAUUUAUUUAAAAAAUGUGAAUAGAAUCUACACUUUCAUGAAAUUCGGUACCAAAAUUCUCGUUUGAACGAAGUAUUUUGCUAUUAAGAUUGUGGAAAUAAUGAUGGAAAUUUAUAAUUAGUCAGUUGAAAAUAUAAAUGAGAA